AUGGCGGACAUCGUGAAGGAGAUCCUGGCGCGGCCAAUCCAAUUGGCCGACCACGUCACGAAGGCGGCCGACGAGGCCCAAUCUUUCAAGCAAGACUGCCAGGAGCUGAAAUCCAAGACGGAGAAACUCGCCACCCUCCUCCGCCAAGCCGCCCGCGCCAGCAACGACCUCUACGAGCGGCCCACCCGCCGCAUCAUCGACGACACCGAGCAGGUCCUCGACAAGGCCCUGACCCUUGUCAUCAAAUGCCGCGCCACCGGCAUCAUGAAGCGGAUGUUCACCAUCAUCCCCGCCGCCGCCUUCCGCAAGCUCUCCGUCCAGCUCGAGAACUCCAUCGGCGACGUCUCCUGGCUCCUCCGCGUCUCCGCCUCCGCCGACGACCGCGACGACGAGUACCUCGGCCUCCCUCCCAUCGCCGCCAACGAGCCCAUCCUCUGCCUCAUCUGGGAGCAGAUCGCCAUCCUCUACACGGGUUCCUCGGAGGAGAGAUCCGACGCCGCCGCCUCCCUCGUCUCCCUCGCCAGAGACAACGACCGGUACGGCCGCCUCAUCAUCGAGGAAGGCGGCGUCCCGCCGCUGCUCAAAUUGGCGAAGGAGGGGAAAAUGGAAGGUCAGGAAAACGCCGCGAGAGCAAUCGGGUUGCUGGGUCGGGACCCGGAUAGCGUCGAACAGAUCGUGAAUGCAGGGGUUUGCAAUGUGUUUGCGAAAAUCCUCAAAGAGGGUCACAUGAAGGUUCAGUCUGUCGUCGCCUGGGCCGUAUCGGAAUUAGCUGCGCACCACCCCAAAUGCCAAGACCAUUUCGCGCAGAACAACAUAAUCCGGUUCUUGGUCAGUCACCUCGCCUUCGAAACUGUUCAAGAGCACAGCAAGUACACGAUUGUGAACAUGAACAAGCAGAACUCCAUUCAUUCGGUCCUCGUAGCUAGCAGUAGUCAGAACUCUCACGAUAGAGACCCCGAGGAGGAUUUAACAGUGUCGAAAAUCUCGCACCCCAUGAACAAUCAAAUCCCAUCUCAAAUGCAAAAUGUGGUCACUAGCACAUUAGGUCAGAACAACCCACCAAUCAACAACAGCAACAGCAACCAAAAACCAUCGACUACAACACCAUCAACAUCUUCUUCCAACUUAGCAGGAGGCCAGAACAAGAGCUCCAAGCGAAAAGGGAAGAAUCACAAUGGCAAGCAUCACCACCAACGCCCACGCCAUCACGUCCAAUUGUCGGGGACGAGCAUCAAGAAGAGAGAGCAGGAAGAUCCGAGUACCAAGGCCAACAUGAAGGCGAUGGCAGCUCGAGCGCUAUGGCAACUCGCACGAGGCAACGUGGCGAUAUGUCGAAGCAUAACCGAGUCACGAGCACUCCUCUGCUUCGCCAUCCUGCUCGAGAAGGGGCCCGAGGAGGUGCAAUCGUACUCGGCCAUGGCGUUGAUGGAGAUCACCACGGUUGCUGAGCAGCACGCGGACUUGAGGCGAUCUGCCUUCAAGCCCACGUCACCAUCCGCUCGUGCUGUGGUGGACCAGCUCCUGAAAGUGAUCGAGAUGGCAGAGUCGGACCUGUUGGUCCCCUGCAUCCGAUCCAUGGGGAACCUAGCGAGGACUUUUCGUGCCACGGAGACGAGGAUCGUGGGGCCAUUGGUGAAGCUGCUCGACGAGAAGGAGCCCGAGGUGAUGAUGGAGGCGGCAGUGGCGCUGAACAAGUUCGCCUCCACGGAGAAUUUCCUGUGUGUGAACCACUCCAAGGCUGUGAUCGCGGCGGGAGGGACAAAGCAUUUGAUUCAGUUGGUUUACUUCGGGGAGCAGAUGAUUCAGAUCCCUUCCUUGAUCAUGUUGUGCUACAUUACCAUGAAUUGUCCGGACAGCGAGGUGCUGGCCAACGAGGAGGUGCUCAUCGUGCUCGAAUGGUCGACGAAGCAGGCCCAUUUGGUGGAGAAUGUGACGAUUCAAGGGUUGUUGCCCGAAUCCAAGAGUAGGUUGGAGUUGUAUCAAUCCAGAGGGAAAAGAGGGUUCCAUUGA